AUGGAGUUGAAGGUCUGGGUUGAAGGAAUACAAAGGAUUGUUUGUGGAGUGACGGAGACGACUACAUGUCAAGAUGUAGUCUUCGCACUUGCUCAUGCUACGGGAAAAGUGGGCCGAUUUACUUUAAUAGAGAGAUGGAGAAAUAAUGAACGACUUUUAGCUCCUCAGGAAUAUCCUUUAAAGAUCCUUAUGAAAUGGGGAGAGUAUUCCAAUGACAUACAAUUUAUUUUGAGGAGGUCAGAUUCAAGUAAUAACCAAAAACCAUCACAACCUAAUAAUACUAGGUCUCCUAUAGGAAAUGGGAGUCAUAACAACUCAAAUUCUAAUGUACCAGACAAUCAAACCUCACCGAAUAGAGCAAAUUCAACUCCAUCUUUUAACAAUAAUGUGAAUAACACAUCCCCUGGGUACCCUGUAGGAGUGGUGAAGGGAGUCCAACAAGCUAAGACACCUGAGUCCAAUAGUCCUGUGUUAAAAGAUGUUCCACCUUACAGAGAUCCACCUCCUCCUUACCGUUCGCCACCCCCGCCGUCUCAAGCUUUACGAAAGUCACCCAAUCGGACACGGAUCAGUCGGCCAUCACAUAUGUCACCAGUCAAUUUGCCCGAUGAGAACCAAGACACAAGAAAUCCAGAAGCUAUUACCUACAAUAGCCAAUAUCGUGAACUAGUUUCCCUUGUGAACUAUCAGAGGGAGAAGUUGUCCAGUCAGCAAGUCGAUCUUAUUAAGUAUGAUGCAGAAAUUGGUUAUUGGGAGAACAAAGGCCGUGAACAAGAGAGGCAGGUUGAAAUGCUUCAGCAGCAGAUCAGCUCUGCCGAUAAUCAGUUGCGAAUAAGUACUGAGCAGGUGCAAGCACUUAACUAUGUGGAAGAGGAGAGUGAAAUAGUGAAACAGAAUGAAAAGACAAUAAAGUCGGAGAUUGUUCUAGUACGAUCUAAAUUAGCCAAUUGUGAAACAGAGUUAUUGCAAUGUAAAAAUAAGAUUCGAAAGUUGAUGGAGGAUAUUCACAAUGAGCAGAGGCUUAUUAGCAGUCGUCAGCAAGAAAAUAGGCAAGCUUUGGAACGUUCAAUGCUGGCUGAAAUGGAGAAUCUGCAAACUCAGAUACAACAAGCGAAGCAUGCCACCGAAAUUAACCACCUAACUGCCGAAAACCUAAAGAGAGAGGUUGGCGUACUAGAAAAUGCUAUUAUGGAGAAGAAGCGUCAAGUGGAACGGUUGGUUCAAGAGAUGAAGGAAGCCAACCUUCAGAGUCUCACAGGCAGUGUGGAUGAACUGCGUAAUCCCUUGGAUGGAUGUAAGACUGGAAGUGCCCGCAGAAUAAUUGGUUCUCCAAGACAAUUGGAAAAUGCUGCUCCCACCAAUAAAAAUCCUCAUGGAGUAUGGGUUUAA